UCACUUCCGUUUCCUCUUUCCCAGAGCCACCAGCACUGAUUGGUUUCUCACUACCAGGCUGAAGAUGAACACAUCAGCCCACAAGAUGAACCUUCUACCCUUUUUAUUGUAAGCCUUCUGUUCGAACCAGACCAAUCCCCUGAUCAGACCAGCAUGAACGGGCUGUGUGUGUCUGCUGUCCGCGUAGAGUGCUCACAAAGUGCGCAGAUGGUUUUAUGUGGGUAGCUAACGUUAGCCGAGCACAGCUGUUUUCCGUGGCCCGACCUGCCAGAUUCAUUUAGGGACGGACUACCUUCACCCAGCAAAGCACCAUGAAUCUCUUCCGUCUGGUGUGUCGCCAUAAAACAGCUCUGGUCAUUGGUACUGUAUGCAGUUUUGCAGUAGUUCUUGUUUUCUUGGCCAAAUGUACAUCUGAAACUCUUAAACAGGGUCACCUGGAUCCUCCAGGCUUGGCUCCCCACACCAAGUCUUUGCAGUUCCAUCCAGAUCACCAGAAUCCUGUCUCCGCUGCGAAAGACCUGUCAGCAUUUCUCGUGGUCCUCAUCACAACAGGACCCAAGUACACAGAACGCAGGAGCAUUAUCCGCAGCACUUGGCUUUCCAAACGGGACUCUGAUGUUCUGGCCAUGUUCGUGGUUGGGACUCAAGGCCUUUCCAGUGAAGACCGUCAGAAUCUGAACACGGAGCAAGGACGGCACAAAGACUUGCUCUUACUCCCUGACCUUCGGGAUUCGUAUGAGAACUUAACAUUAAAGCUGCUGCACAUGUACUCCUGGUUGGACCAGAACGUGGACUUUAAGUUUGUCUUCAAAGCAGAUGAUGACACAUUUGCUCGCUUGGACCUCCUUAAAGAGGAGCUGAAGGGGAAGGAGCCAGACAGGUUGUACUGGGGCUUCUUUUCAGGGAGAGGCCGUGUGAAAUCAGCCGGGAAGUGGCGCGAAAGCUCUUGGGACCUCUGCGAUUACUACCUGCCCUACGCCCUGGGUGGGGGCUACAUUCUCUCAGCAGACCUGGUACGCUACGUGCAUCUUAAUGUGGGCUACCUCAAGAUAUGGCAGAGCGAGGACGUGUCACUGGGUGCCUGGCUUGCACCGUUGGAUGUACGGCGGACGCACGACCCACGCUUUGACACAGAGUACAAGUCGCGAGGCUGCAACAACAAAUACCUGGUGACACACAAGCAGAGCUUGGAGGAUAUGCUGGAGAAACACCAGACUCUGCAGCGGGACGGAAGGCUCUGCAAAGAGGAGGUCAAGCUGCGGUUGUCCUACAUUUAUGACUGGAGUGUGCCACCCUCACAGUGCUGCCAAAGAAAAGAUGGGAUUCCAUAGUUGCUGUCCUUUUCACAAGGGAGGAAUUUUAUUUCGUAUAAGAUAUAUUUUAAUAUUAAUUGAGGAAUGUUUAUUUUUUCCAUCAGAUGUCAAUCUGAGUGGACAAUUUUGAAAUUGCAUAACUGGUACUAGAUGUCAGAACAUAAAUAAUACUCUAAUAGGAAACCAUGGUUCCAUUUGUGAAAACAGAAAAGUGCACUUUUUUUUCCACUGAUCCUGAUUCAGUGUUAAUCUAAUGCUCGCUUGGGAACUAUUCUUUGUGUUUCCUCGUUCACAAGCACUGGCACCACUAAGGUGUUGCUAUCUCACCAGCUCUUACCUGAGCAAGAGGAAAGAAGUGCUUUCAUCAGGAGCUGGCAGUAACUGUUGGAGACUGAGAAACAAUCAAUGUUUUGAGCACCAUGUUUAAAACUCCAGAGUUAGUUUUUUUUUUAAACUUAUGAACAAAAAUCUGUUAAAACAUUGAGCUUCAGCAUUAAUGAAGAGUCAGAAAAACACUGGAAUAGCACAAACCCCUUUCCUCCUGGCGUUCUGCUCUUAAUUUUAUGGAAAGCCAUGUUUGGAAUUAAUCGUGAACUUUGCAGCGUGUCCUGGCACGUCAUAGACGACAUUAAAGGUGCCACCUGGGGAUUAUUUAGCAUCACUACACACUUAGGAAUAAUGUAACGUCAACAGACAUUUACUAGAAAUCACCUGCCGUUCAAAAAAUAUAGCACUGCGAGGCGCUGGUUAAAUACCUCGUGGUGCCUGUCAAACGUCUAGCGGCAUAUAAUUAGUAACUCCGCUCUCAGAUUUAUUUAUUCAAGUUGACUUCUUUCAAGUAUUACAAUAAAACCCAUUUGGCUAUACUUUUUGAACACCAGGUGUUUGUUGCUGCUGUUUCUCCACGCUGCAGCUACCACUCAGGUUAGACAUCAGCUGGUUGAGUAAAGCCUUCACAAACACAUGUUGUUGUUUAUAACGAGUUUAAAAAAGGAAAUGAAUACAUAAAACUGAGUUAAUAAGUUAACUUGGUCCAAUUUUUCCAACAAUUUGUAGUAGAGAUGCACAACAUGCUAAAUCGCAAUAGUCAGUGCAAUUUCAGUGUGUGCAACAUCACAGUAGGCUGUAAUAUUUUAGUUAUUUAUUAAAAAUGUGUUUAAUAUAUUUGCCCAGUCGGAUGGGCUUUCACCAUCUCUAAUGCCAACAUCUGAUGAGGAUCUUGGCAACCAAGAGUGGUGAUGUCAUCUUGAUGACAGAAAGGAGCAGAGUUACAAGGAAAAUGUUGGUUAACUGCGAUUAAUAUCAUUGCAUUAUUCAAUAAUACUAUUGCGGUCUCAUGUUUUUCCAACAGUGCACAGCACUCUAAUGCCCUAUUUUGUUGGAACACUAAGAUAAAUAAUUGGAGUCAGAACAAUUCAGAACAAAACAGAUGUAGGUUUUAAACACUUGAACUGGGUAAGAUGUUUCAAGUGUCGUAAUGAUCCGGCACCAAGCUUCCUUUUUGGCUGUGGAAAACCGAACAAGUUCCUGUUAAAAGGAACAAGUAGAACCUCUUUGGAUGAAAAAAAGGGGGAGCUCAAGGGGUGAGCCGAAAGAACAAUGCGAAUAUUCACUACAUAGUUUGGAAGUAUUUAAACAUCUUCAGAUAUCUUACGUUGUUUAGUGAGAGUUUGGAAAGGUAAUGUUAUGUUUUUUUUUUAUUCAACGAAGCUGAAUGUUGGGUUGAAACCCUCAUUGUAGCUGAGGCUUGAGUCCAGGUCUGUCUGUUUAGUCUUUGCAUAAUUUUAUGUGGUAUUUGUACACUAAGACACUCUUCUCUGUUUUCAUAAAUAGAUGAGGUUUUUAAACUGAGCUGUAACCAUUUGUUUUUUUUUUUUUUUUUUUGGUGUAGUCACCGAAAUUUUAGAACCUAAAGUUUGUAGGUUUGCCCUAUUUUAGGCCUCGCCUCCUGACUCAACAGUCAAUGUCAGUCCUGUUGCUUUUUGAGUUGUUAACUGCUUGAACCUGUGAUCUCCAGUUUACAACCUCGGUAACCUAAAUCUGUAUGUGCUUCAUCUGCUGAACCUUCGUGGGAAACAUUUAAAGGUCCUCUUAGUAUUGUCGUACAGGGAAACCCGCAGUUUACCCUACCGUAUUGGCUUUUUUUUUCCCGCCUUUUUAUUUUUUGUGAAAGCAACUGUUUUUGUGAUUUAUUUAUUAUUAACUUAUUCUGUAGCAAACACAGCACCUCAGUAUGGACUUAAGUGCAGUGGAUGUUACUUCGGAACGUGUUGGACUGAACGAACAGAGAUAAGGGACGGGAAAUGUUUUAUUUUUAAGAACUUGUUUACGAACCGUGGUAAACAAGGUUUUGUUUUAAUGGUGCAAAAAUUGUGCAAAAGAAAAUGUUUGAAAAUAAUGUGUUGAAAAGGCCGUCCUUGCAGUACGAGAGGGUUUUAUGUACAGUAGGGGUCAGUGUACUUAUUGUGCUACUUGUGAAUGUUUGUUAGCAGCACACCUUGCACUUUUUCCCCUUUUUUUGUUUGACUUACAUUUAAAGUCCUGUAAUAUCCCGUAAUGUUUCUCUAAUGUGACUAUCUUUACCAUAAACUCUCCAUUUUCUUUUUUUAUGUCUGUAAUGUCUUAAUACUUUUCAAAAUGUACAAAACAGCUUCGUUCCAUGUGAUGCAACUUCCUCUGGUGACCAGAUUUGUCGGGCUUAAGCUUGGGGAAAUCGUCUUAUAUGUUUUAUCCUCAAAGAAAUCAAGAAAAUCUGUAAAAAGAUUAACGUUUAAGCUAAUUUUCAAGUUGCAUUUUGGUGAAUGAUGCCGUAAUUCUGUCCUCAGCAUUCUUGGAGAAGAUUCUGGGUCAGUUUUAAUCUACUGAGGUUUUUCUGAUUGCUUUCACAUGUGAUCAUUCACCCUAAAUGUUUUAUUAAAAAACGGAAAUGUG